UCUUGUAUUUAAAUAAGUGAUGCUUUAGUGUUAGUUCUGAGAAUCUUGAACUCAAAAAACCAGUCUCUUUUUGGGUUUUUAUUUUUUUCAAUUUUUUGACUCGGGUACAGAGCAAUUUUUUAUUUUCUCAUAUUUUUGGGAGAACUUCUUUUAGUCUUUUUUCAUUUCUUUUUGGGGUUUAGCUCCAUUCUUGCUUUCAGGAUUCUGGGAUCUUUGCAUUCUCUAAUUGUGUUUCUGGGUUUCUUGAAUUUUUUUCUUUUCUGUUUCUGGCACAUUCAUUCAACUAUAAACUGCCAAAUUCUUUCUUUAAUCUAGGUAAAUCUUUUGGAUUUCUUUUAAUGUUAGUGUUGUAUAUUUAUCUCCAAUCUUUCUUUCAAGAUUCUUGAAUUUCCCACUUAAUUGAUUUUAUGUGUUACUUGUCUUUUUGUUCUUUUCUUUAACAUUUUUCCAUCUGAGAACAACCUAGUUGCUCAGCUACAAGUCAAUUUUUGAUUUUUUUUUUCUUUUUUUCUUUUUAUGAAAAAAGUUUGAUAUAGCUGAGCUAAUAAACCUGAGCCAUAAGUCUCUUAUCUUGUCCUCCUCAAAUUGAUUGGGAACUAAAAUUAAGGUUUGGUGUUCAUGGAUACUCUUCUCCAAGAAUUUCCAAAUACCAUGAACCGAUUCAAAUUUGAUCAUGGCCCAAUUUCUUUCCCUUCAAACAGAAAUCUUCUUAAUGGGUAUGAACUCAAUCACAACUUAAGUAAUCCUAUAUCUAAUCUUCCUUUUCUUUCCUUUAACUCACAACCUCCUAAUGAUUUGACACAAUCAUCACCAUCUUCCUCAGAAGGGCAUGAUCCUAAUAAUAAUGCAGUUCUCAAGUACAUAAGUGAUAUGCUUAUGGAAGAGGAUCUAGAGGGUAAGACCUGUAUGUUACAGGAUUGUUUAGCUCUCCAAGCUGCUGAGAAAUCCUUGUAUGAUGUUCUUGGUCAGGAAUACCCUCAUUCCUUGAGUCACUGUCCUCAAAUUGUUGGAAGCCCAGAUGAUAAUUCACUUUGGAGUAGCAGUUUUGAUCGCAGUAAUUGCUAUCCUGGAGCUGUUAACUCCUCAGUUGAGAAACCAAGUUGGACCCUUGAUCAAAUUCAUAAUUUAGAUUUGUAUAGUACCCUGACAGGGCCAGAUUUUCAUAGUGUCAGGCAAGGGAUAGGAGAUGCUAGCAAGUUCUUUUCAGAUGGUGAUCCUUUGGUUGUGGCUCCAAAUUGCAGCUCACCGACAUGUUCAGACAAGGAGGAAAGCGAUUACUCACCGAGUAGUUCGCGGGGAAGGAAGAAUCAUCAACGCGAGGAUAGCGAUUAUUUAGAAGAAGAAGAAGAGAGGAGCAACAAACAUUCUGCGCUUUCUCUUGCCGAGUCUGAACAGUCAGAAAUGUUUGAUGAGGUAUUGCUUUGUCCAAGUGGGAAGCACGAGUCUGAGAUGUGUGCUUUUCAAGACAAGUCACGGAAUGGAGCAAGCUUGAAAGGAUCUAAUGGUAGAACAGCGCGAGGAAGGAGACAGGGAAACAAAGGAGAAGUGGUGGAUCUGUCAACUCUACUAGCACAAUGUGCACAGUCUGUGUCAAUCAGUGAUCACAGGACUGCAACUGAGCUACUUAGGCAGAUCAGGCAACACUCUUCACCUUAUGGGGAUGGAAACCAAAGAUUGGCACAUUACUUUGCUAAUGCUCUCGAGACUCGUUUGGCUGGCACUGGGACCCCGGCAUAUUCACCCCUUUUAAGUAGCAAGACACCGGUUUCUGACAUCUUAAAAGCUUACCAGGUGUAUGUUAAGGCAUGUCCAUUCAAGAGAAUGUCAAAUUUCUUUGCUAAUCAGACUAUUUUCAAACUGGCAGAGAAAGCUACUAGGCUCCAUAUUAUUGAUUUUGGGGUGCUAUAUGGUUUUCAAUGGCCUUGCCUUAUCCAGCGUCUCUCACAGCGGCCUGGUGGACCGCCCAAGUUGCGGAUUACAGGAAUUGAGCUUCCUCAACCUGGUUUUCGCCCUGCGGAAAGAGUCGAGGAGACAGGCCGUCGCUUGCAGAGAUAUUGUGAGAGGUUUAAUGUCCCAUUUGAGUAUCAUGCUGUAGCACAGAAAUGGGAAACCAUCAAAUAUGAAGAUCUCAACAUCGACAGGGGUGAGAUGACUGUUGUUAAUUGUUUGUACCGGUUGAGGAAUCUCCCUGAUGACACAGUUGUAGCAAACAGUGCAAGAGAUGCUGUCUUGAAACUUAUCAGGAAAAUCAGGCCAGACAUAUUUAUCCAUGGGGUUAUUAACGGUACCUACAAUGCACCAUUCUUUGUCACAAGGUUUCGGGAGGCACUCUUCUACUACUCUGCACUGUUUGAUAUGUUUGAGAUUAAUGUCCCGCGCGAAGAUGAUCAGAGAAUGCUGUAUGAGAAGGCAAUUUUCGGAAGAGAUAUUAUGAAUGUGAUAGCAUGUGAGGGUGCAGAGAGGGUUGAAAGGCCGGAGACAUACAAACAGUGGCAAGUAAGAAAUCUGAGAGCUGGGUUCAGGCAGCUCUCACUAGAUCAGGAGAUUUUGAAGAAAGUUAGAUGUACUGUGAGAUCAGAAUACCAUAAAGAUUUUGUUGUCGAUGAGAAUGGCAGGUGGAUGCUGCAAGGAUGGAAGGGGAGAGUCAUCUCCGCGCUUUCUGUUUGGAAACCUGUCCAGGACUAGUAACAUGAAGCUAACGCUUGUAGCUCUUAGAAUUAGUAGCAGAAGUCCUAUUUCAAAUCUUUCAUGUAAAUACUACUAGCAGAUAUAUAAUAUUGAUGGUUUUUUCUUCUA